AUGCCUCACACCAACAACAAACAGGGUAAAAGAAAACAAAAAUUCAAGCAAAAGUCGCGCUAUGCUGAAAAUUAUGAUUUUAAGUCGUUGAAGGUGUUGAAAGAGAGAAGAAAUGCGAAAAAACGAAAACAAAGCCUAAAGGAGAAAGAAGGCGAAAUGUUGGAGAACAUCGAAGAAAAUUAUAAGGAGCUAAUGAAGAAAAGCACACAAACGUUUCUCACUUUUGACGAUUUUCCAUUGUCCUGGCGAACACUUGAAGGGCUAAAAGAGAACGACUACAAAAAGCCGACAGAUAUUCAAAGGGAGACGUUGUCACAUGCAUUGAACGGAAGCGAUGUUGUUGGCGCAGCGAAGACGGGAAGUGGAAAAACAUUGGCGUUCGUGAUUCCCGUACUGGAAGCGUUGUGGAGAGCGAAAUGGUCUUCGACGUAUGGAUUAGGAGCUCUGGUGAUUUCACCGACUCGCGAAUUGGCUCUUCAAAUUUUUGGCACCAUCAACGCUGUUGGAAAACACCAUGAGUUUUCAUGCGGAUUAUUGAUUGGAGGAAACGAUGUUUCGUUCGAGAAAAAUCGAAUUGCCGGUGUGAAUAUAAUCGUGUGUACGCCUGGACGAUUGCUUCAGCACAUGGAUGAAAAUGAGCAGAUGCAGUGUGAUCAACUCCAAAUUUUGGUAUUAGAUGAAGCUGAUCGAAUGCUUGAUAUGGGAUUUGCGAGACAGUUGAAUAGCAUCGUUUUGAAUUUGCCCAAAAAUCGGCAAACGCUACUGUUUUCUGCCACUCAGACUCGAAAUGUCAAGGAUUUGUGUCGAGUUUGCACCCAGAAUCCAGUGUAUGUGUCGGUUCACGAGAACUCGAUGACGUCGACGCCGGAAAAUUUGAAGCAGAUGUACGCGUUGAUCGACGAGCACGAGAAGCUCAACAAUUUGUGGUCGUUCAUCGAGACGUUUCGAAAAAAGAAGAUCCUCGUGUUCGUCGCCACGUGCAAACAAGCGCGAUUCAUCACCGAAGCGUUUUGCGCUCUACGUCCCGGCGUGCCGGUGAUGGGCCUCUGGGGCACUAUGAAUCAGACGAAGAGAAUCGAGUCGUUCACGCGAUUUGACGAAUCGAAAGCGGCGGUGAUGAUUGCCACCGACGUCGCCUCGCGUGGACUCGAUUUUGAGAAUGUCGAAUGGGUUGUGCAAUUCGAUUGUCCGGCGGAAAUUGAGGAUUAUAUUCACCGAGUAGGAAGAAGCGCGAGAAUGGAAGAAAAGGGAAAUUCGCUUUUAUUCAUUACUCCGAGACAACACGAUGAAAUGAUCUCAUUAUUGCAAAAAUCGAAUAUUCCGAUUGAAGAAUCGAGAAUUGAUCCGAAUUCGAUCAAGGAUAUUCGGGUUCAAUUACGGGCUCUACUUGCUGAAUCGAGCGAUCUCAAGAAAAACGCGCAGAAGAGUGUUGUUGCCUACCUUCGAUCGGUGCAUUCAAUGCGCAACAAAAAACUGUUCCAUCUUUCCGCGAUUAAUUUGAAAGACUAUUCGGAUAGCUAUGGAUUAAUCGCGGCGCCGAGGGUUCGAUUUUUGGAAAAAGACGCAAAGCGCUCGAAACAGAAGGAAGCGAAAAAUGAGGAAGACGAAAAUGAGGAUUCUGCUGGAUUGUUUUCAAUUAAUGAAAACGACGAUUAUCUUUUUGCGAAAGCAAGUCCUUCGAAGAAAACGCCCAACGGCGACGACGACGACAUCGCGAAAGAGACGGCUUCAACGACGAAGAAGGCGUUGACGAAAAAACUAGUGACCAAAGUGUCGAUGGCAAAGAAAAUUCUCAAUAAGAAAAUCAAAGUGAACUCGAAGAAAGUGUUUGACGAUGAUGAAGAUGGCGGCGAGAAAUCGACGAUGUUAUCAGAAGGAUUGGAUAUUCAAAAAGCCAAAGAAGAUAUGAAGAAUGUUGACAAGGAGGAUCGUAAGCGCUUCCGUGAACUUCGUGCCAAGAGGAGAGAGGAGAAGCUUGCGAAGAAGCGGAGGAAAAUGCAAACUGAUGAUGUGGAAAUGGAUUGUGGUGAUGACGGCGAUGAACCUGAUCUCUCUUGGCUUCCCGAUCCUGACAAGUUUAAAGAUGAUUCGGAUUGUGAUGAGGAUGACAAUAAUACUGAUAGUUUGGAGCAGAACGUCUUAAAUAUGUUGGAGCAAAUGGCACAAUCUUAUCUUCCUGUGGAAAAGUUUCUCUCGAGAAAACAGGAAACUUUAAAUCUUCAUGAUGAUGUAAUUUAUUGGAAGCGCAUGCAGCAACUCACCGUAUUCCAAGAGCCGUCGGUCGUUAGCUCUGUGCGCAUUUCGCCAGUAAAACCAUUCAAUGUGGCUUCAACGAGUAGUGUUCGCCUCACUUUAUACGACACUUCGAUAUGUGAGCCGCUCAAUUUGUUUAGUAGAUUUAAAAAAGCGGUCAGUUCAAUCGAUUUUCGGCAUGAUGGCCGACUGAUAGCAAUUGGUGGCGAUGAGGGAAAAUUGCGCGUAUUUGAUAUUGAAAAGAAUACAUCAUCAAAGGUUAUUGCCCUUCGCGUUAUGCAAGCUUCACAAUCAACAGUAAAGAGUGUUCAUUUCUCGACGAGUGGAGAAUUUGUGUAUUCAAUGGCCGAUGAUGGAUUUGUUAAACAGUAUAGAGUUGCCGAUACAAAUUAUGGUGUAAAUGCAGUGCCCACGAUUGAGUUUCGAGCGCACGACGAUUCGAUUCGAUGCGGCGCCGUAUCAAAAUUGAAUGAUCAUAUUGUGGUGACGGGCGGAUACGAUCACAAGGUGCGUGUUUGGGAUAUUCGCUCGAAACAGAACGUCGCCGAACUCGAUUGCGAAUAUCCCGUCGAAUCGGUGCUGUUUAUGCCCGGCGAGCAGCUCAUUUCGACGGCCGCCGGUCCAGUGGUCAAAGUUUGGGAUUUGACUGGUGGCGGACGCCAAAUUGCCGCGCUUCAAGCGCACUACAAAACCGUCACCGCGCUUCGACUCGCGACCAACUCGACGUGCCUUUUGACGGCUGGAAUCGACAAGCGUAUCAACGUGUUCAAGACGACCAAUUAUUCGCUGCUACACUCAUGGUCGAUGCCGGCGCCGGUCCUUGAUUUUGAUAUUUCCAAGGAUGAUAAGACGAUGGCCAUCGGAAUGGGCAAUUUGUUGGCGAUUUAUAAGCGAGCUGAUAUUAAAAAGGAAGUCACUGCGACUGCCGUCCAUGAAAAGAAGCGCUCGCUGAUUCGCACGUCGGCGCCGCCGACGAAGCUCGUCGAGCUGAAUCAGAAAUCGCGAAAAACUGAGGCGGUUGCGAAAAGCGCCGACAAAGUGAAACUGAAUCGAAUCGACGCGCUGUUCGCUGGCUAUAAACAUUCGGCGGUGAUUCGGCAGCUAUUCAACGGCAAAUUUCAAUCGUCGAUCGACGCGAGUGUUGUCAGCUACUUGCGCGCCAUCAUUCUGAGAGACGCGAUUCAUCGAGCGAUCGCCGGACAGGAUUUGGUUGUACAGAAAAACUUGCUGCGAUUUCUCAGCCACAAUUUGUUCAAAUCGCAAUAUUUUCCGGUUUUGAAAAUUGUCGCCGAAGCGUAUUUUGAAGUCUACUCGAAUGAAGUGGAACGAGGGCGCCUAUUUGAGCAAGUCAAAUUUUUGAGGACGGCAAUCGCUCGCGAGCUGGAAGUGCAGAAAAUGAUUUGCUCUCUAAUCGGAAGUGUCGAGGUUAUUUUGACUACGUCCAAAGCAAAUGUGCAGAAUGAUUCAUCCAAUGAUUUGCUUUCUGGAGACGACAUUUUUGGAGAACCGAUAGUGAUUGACAAUGGAUUUGAAGAAAAAGCGACGAAUAAUUUAUGA